AUGGCCGACGAAGGACUUGCAGACCAUUACCAGGUGUUGGAGGAGCUGGGUCGAGGAAGCUUUGGUGUCGUCUACAAAGGCAUCGAAAAGGCGACGGGCGAAACUGUUGCCAUCAAGCAUAUUGAUCUCGAGUCCAACGACGACGAUAUUCAAGAUAUUCAGGCCGAAAUUGCUGUGCUCAGCACAUGCGCCAGUCCAUACGUUACGCAAUACAAAGGUUGCUUUCUGCGAGGGCACAAGCUAUGGAUUGUCAUGGAGUACCUUGGCGGCGGAUCUUGCUUGGAUCUGCUCAAACCCGCCAACUUUAGCGAAACACAUAUUGCCAUCAUCUGCCGGGAACUGCUGCUGGGCAUUCAGUACCUGCACGACGAAGGAAAGAUUCAUAGAGAUAUCAAGGCUGCCAAUGUCCUUCUCUCGGAGAGUGGCAAGGUCAAGCUGGCCGACUUUGGCGUUGCUGCGCAACUUACCAAUAUCAAGUCACAGCGCAACACUUUUGUCGGUACGCCAUUCUGGAUGGCGCCGGAGGUCAUUCAACAAGACGGUUACAGCUUCAAAGCCGACAUUUGGUCGCUUGGCAUCACCGCAAUGGAGAUGGCCAACGGCGAACCGCCGCUGUGUCAUAUUCAUCCCAUGAAGGUCCUCUUCCAUAUCCCGAAGAACUCGCCUCCAAAGCUAGAAGGCAACUUCAGCAGAGAUUUCAAGGACUUUGUCGCCCAGUGCCUGACCAAAGACUACGACCGCCGACCGACCGCCCGCGAGCUUCUCCGUCACCGCUUCAUCAGAGCUGCCGGCAAGAUUGAGGCCCUCCAAGAACUAGUUGCCGGGCGCCAGAUGUGGGACGCCAACCAAAACCGCCAAAAGCACCCGAUAUAUUACCAGGAGACCUUGAGAACAAUGUCGCCCAAGUGCGGAGACCAGGAGUGGACCUUUGACACAGUCAAGUCUAUUGCCAUUGUCCCCCCCAAGAGACAAACGAUCAGGGUCAGACGGACUUCUGCCAUGCUCGGCGCAGAGGAGGGUCUUCGCAAGAUGGACCUCAACGACGGACCACUCGGACCUUCUUCACCCGCGAGUGGUACUGUGCGUAAGGCGACUGCUCGACGAGCCCCAUCACUGGCACAAGUCUCGACGAUGCACUCUAUCGGCUCUGUCAAGGGUAACCUGCCUCCCAAGAAGCCUCUCCAGCCUGACAUGUCGUUUGGAAACUCUGGAUCGACCAUGAGACUCUUCUGUCGUGUUCCGUCAGACAGCUCCACGGGCGGUCAGCUUGGCCGUCCUGCUUCGCCCGACGAUGUGUUUUGCGAUGAGAACCAGCCACUUUCGGCAGCUGCUCCUGUUGUACCGUUCGGUAAGGAAGCCGUCAUUGGUCGCCGACUAUAUACCAAGGCCAUUGAACCAACUAUGUCUGAGCUCCACGCGCAAACAUCUGCUAUGCAGAAGCGCGAGGCUCUAGGCAAGGUUUCCGAUGCCCUCGCCGCACUCGACGCCAUCGAUCCCGAAGGUGCCUACCACCUCAUGGCCAACCUCAUCACAUCCAUGGCUAAGGAUAACAAGCUUGACGCCGCGUUUCUGCGCCAAACCAACGUCAAGGUGAUGCCCGACGAUGGUACCCCCCAAGGCACUGUUGUGAUUAAGAGUAGCACACCAGCCAGCGACGGCACCAUCAACUCCGUCUGCAGUCCCACCAAGCUUAUUCUCAGCUCCAACAACCCGCAUCUCAAGAGCCACCGACGCCGCCAGGCCGACUCUCCCACUCCUUCCAAGCUCAACGAAAAGAGUUUUGAGGGAGAGAGGUCGAUAGUCGACGAAAAGUACCCUGGCGGCGAGGCGCGCCCGGGCAUGGAGCACUGCAAGCAGUUGGCUGACGUCUUGUACAAUCGCUGGUCUGACGGCCUUCGUAUCCGCUGGCCUCAGGUCUAA